UGGGACCCCUGCUCUUGUCCCAGGGACCCAUCCCUGAGGUCACACAUGGUGAUUCCCGGUGAGUGGUCCCAAGAGUUUGCCUUGAUGUGGGAUGUGAUGGCACAGACAGGCUGGGCGGGGGCUCAGUGUGGCUGAGACUGGGCUGAUGUGUUGAAGGAACAGCCCUGGGAGGGAAUGCCCUGCUCUUCCCCAGCUGAAACCUGCUUCCACAGGGCUGGAGGCCUGGAAUGGUAGAGGGUCUGGGCUGGAAAGAGCAUCACUCAUCCCGCCCAGGUUUGAGCCUUUCCGGGGCUGCAGCGUUUCCCUGGGUGUUGCACAACCACCUCCAGCUGCCUCCGGAACACCCCGACACCACUCCCACCCCGAGCAGGGCAGGGAUGUUCCAGGAGAGGCACCGUGGAUCCAUCCCAGGGGAUGCUCAUCCCUCAGACCUGAACCCCUUUUCUUCCCUCCCCCAGCCCCAUGGGCAGACGAUUCCGAGAAGGGCCGGGGUGACCGCGGCCCGGGGUUUCGGGGGGAAGGUUGUUGACACCCCGAGCCCGUUCCUGCGGAUGUUCUCUUGCAGCACCUUCCUGCGGCUGCGGCCGCGCCUCCCGCCCGGUGCCCGCGCUCGGGGUGGGGGUUUCCUGUCGUGCCGAUGCCACGAGGCCGGGACAACACCCAACAGCCCCCGCAGCCGCCUGAGAGCCCCUCAGGGCAUCCUGGGCAUGGUGCUGAGCAGAAGGGCUCUGCAAAGCAUCGUCAGGCCCUCACUCUCCUCCUCUUGUGCAAAGGCAUUUCCCAGUGUCGGGCUACCCUCAUGUCCCUUCUCAGGGCACCAUGACCCCCUCCCGAGCCGUGCCCACACGGUGCCCGAGGGGUGGCAGUCCUGGCACCAGGUUUGUGUCACUUCUGCUUUCAGGGUGACGCGAGCCCCGACGCAGCAGCUCCUCUGGGCCGCCGGUGGGGCCGGGCGGGGGCUCCCACCGGGCACCGGGGACACGGCGAGGGUGCGAGGCCCCUCUUUGGGGCGCAUCCCACCCCCUGCCGCCCUCCCCGGUGGGUGCCCGCAGCCCCACUCUCAGUGACGUCCUUCCCCCGCCGCUCUCCGAAACCGCAGCCGCCCUUCCGCGCUCCUUCCCUUCCCCGCCCGGGAGGUGCAGGCGAGGGUGGCCCACGACGCCCCGCGGGUGCCGGUGCCAGGGCUGCCCUCGCCCCCCGUGCCGGGCCCUCGCCGGUGGAUCCCAUCAUCGCUGCAGCUUCGGAUCCCGCGGUGUCCCCCGGCACAGGUCGCGAUGGCGCCGGGCCGGGCUGUGCUGGUGGUGCUGGUGGUGCUGGUGCUGAGCCCCCCACGAAUGUGCGGGGCUGGGCUGGAGCCGGGGCCGGGGCAGCCUCGGGGCGGGCGGUGGCUCUGGGGGACGAAGGGGCGGGCGCUGCCCCUCUCCCGCGGGAAGAGGGACGAUGGUGGGCAGGACACCGGUGCCACCACAGCCACACAGGGGCACAGCCACGCUGCCACCGCGCUGAUCAGCACUGACCAGCCCGCGGGGGGCUCUGUGGCACCACCAGCACCCGGCACCAAUGCCAGCCUGCUCCGAGUGCCAACCACAGCCGAUCCCAUGGAUGAGACUGAUUCCCCUGAUCCCGACCUGCUGCUGAGCUCUGCACCACCAGCACCCAGCACCAACGCCAGCCUGCUCCGGGAGCUUGGAGUGCCAACCACAGCCAAUCCCGUGGACGAGACCGAUUCCCCUGAUCCUGACCUGCUGCUGAGCUCUGCACCACCAGCACCCAGCACCAAAGCCAGCCUGCUCUGGGCACUCACAGUGUCAACCACAGCCGAUCCCAUGGAUGAGACCGACUCCCCCGAUCCCGAUCUGCUGCUGAGCUCUGCACCACCAGCAUCCAGCACCACCGCCAGCCUGAACCGGGCACUCACAGUGCCAGCUACAGCCGAUCUCGUGGAUGAGACUGAUUCCCCUGAUCCCGACCUGCUGCUGGAGCCCGGCACAUCUGCAGCUCCCCAAAGGAGCAUCAGCACCACCCCCGGCUGGUUCACGCCGCCUGGCAAGGAGGGGACAGUGUCUGGUGGCACGGACAGCACGUCCUCCACAGGGCCACCCUCAACAGCCCUCCCAGCCCUCGGCCCCACCACCACGGGGUACAGGAAAGUCAAGAAAGCCGGAGGUCCCCCUGCACCGACCCGUUCGGCCCCUGGGGACACGACACCGACGGCCACCGCGGUGCCCUGGGACCCCAGCGGGGUGAUGGGCAAGUGCCUACUGGCCAUCCUGCUGCUGGGGCUGGUGGCCGCCACCUUCCUGGUGAGCACGGGGGUGCUGGGAGCGCUGCUGUGGCGGCGGGCGAGGACGGGGCACCGCCGGCUCAGCCGCACCGAGAUGGUUUGUAUCUCGUCCCUCCUGGCUGACGCCGAGGCGGCCGCGGGGCCCCGGCCUGUCCCCGCCCGGCGGCACAAGCGGCUGCACGACGGCAGCGCCGAGCCCGACGGGGACAACCUGACUCUCAGCAGCUUCCUGCCGGAGCACUCCUGAACCCCGGGAUGGGUCCUGCAUCCCACAGUGCUGGGGGGCCGGCGGCAGUGCCAGGGACGUGUGCCUGAUCCCCAGGCGAGCCACAGGCAGGGGACCCCCGUCCCCUCGGGUUCGUGUUUUCGCUUGGACCGGCGUGAUGGAGGUGCUUCCCCCGCGGCGAGCUCAGCACUCGAGGCUGAUCCAAUUAAAAUGUUACCCGGACGUGGUGGUCUCUCACUAGCAGGGACAGCCCCCGCCAGCCCCAGCCCCUCCCGCCCCGCCGCCUACCCACAUCCCGCUGCCGAAAUUUCGCUUCUCCAUCCUCC